GUAAUGGCGUAUGGAUUGUUUGUAUUUGUGCUGUGGACGCGGUACCUAUGACGGUACUUGUGUUUACGUACGGCAGGAUAGCUUAUCUAAGGCGGAGGGUGUGCUUGAUCUUAUCCGUGAAGCAUAAAGCUCCUAAGAUAACUGUUGAUUCGUGAACAAUUCGUAAACGAAGGAGAUGCGUAAAUAUUGCCUCAUGCUUUGGAUAUCGGGUUUAUAGGAACGCGUGUAAUAUAACGUAAACAAACAGGACCAUGUGCGCAGAACAGUUAAGAAAUGCUGCACAUGGCAGCAUGUAGUAUAUGUAAUUUAGGCUGCGCGCGUGGUGUUAGUGGAAGGUCACCAUGUCUAACCACGAGAAGCUUGUCGUUCGGCACAGGACCUCUCAGGACGGGCAGGCUUCUGGGUGCGGGCGGCCGGCAUUUCCCAUCAAUGCGGCUGCUCAGAUGUCACUGAACAGCAGCGCCUGUGAGGUCAGUGACGAUGAGGACUUGCCAAGGAUACCCAAGAUUCCAGUACAGAACAUUAUCCUGAGACUGCAACAUCGUGAAAUUUACGCCGCAAAGCAAAACGUGUCACCGUUGCAUGUCUCCCGGCAUCUCCACCAAAACGCUUGCCCGAACUUCACGGUCGUCAACGUGGAAAAGCCGCCGUGCUUCUUGCGAAAGUUUUCGCCCGAUGGCAAGCAUCUCGUGGCUUUUUCGUCGGACCAGACCUCAAUCGAGAUUUACUGGUACCGGGGGCCCUGCGCGGCUGCUCAUCUCUUGCGGGGAUUCAGUGGAGACCACUUGGGAUCGGGAGCCGAGUCCGCUCAAGUGCGGAGCACUAUUUUCAGCGAGUUUUUCCGGCUCCGUCACAUUGUGAACGUGUCGGGUAACGGCGGUGAGCAGCUAAAUCGCGAGUGUAGCUUGUUUACUGACGACUGCCGUCACGUCAUCGUGGGGUCAGCCAUGUAUGUCCCCGAGGAACCGCACCCGUUCUUCUGGGACAUGCACCGCAACAACGAGUCAGUGUCUCCGAACCCCCGCUCUCCUCUGGAGGACUAUUCGCUGCACCUUGUGGAUAUGGUCACCGGCACCCUCAAAGACAAACGCACAUUCAAGACGGACAAGAUUUUUCUGUCUCACAACCAGGGGCUCUACCUCUACCGAGACACACUGGCAGUUCUCUCAGUGCAGCAUCAGACUGUGCACAUAUUUAAGGUCACAAAGGAAGGUCAGUUCGUUGACGUUCGGACUGUGGGGCGGUUCUGCUACGAGGAUGAUGAGCUGCUGGUAUCAUCGGCAUUCCUGGCAACCGGCCGAAGCGAGCAGCGACCGUACUGCGAGCGUACACUCAACUCGCUCAAGCACCGCCUGCUGGUGCAUCUGUAUCGCCAGGCCGAAGCUGAACAGAACCCAACGGCGCUGCGUAAGUUCUAUCAGCACUUUGACCAGCUUUGUGACCUGCGACUGUGGAAGAUGCAGCUGCUGGAUGAACGGCAUCUGCUGCUCAAGUAUGCCAGCGAAGAUGUAGUCUCAUUCCGGCUGUCGGACCCAAACUCUCAGCCGUCCUUCUUUGUGGUUUACAACCUGGUGACCACUGAAGUGCUGGCUGUUUACGAGAACACCUCUGAGGAGCUGCUGGAGCUGCUUGAAAACUUCAGUGACCUGCUGCGCAAUGCAGCACUCCACUCGGAUGCCCAGCUCACUUGCUCUCCAUCUAACAACAUUCAUGCACGGCUGGUACAGCAGAGGUUCAAGCAGACCAUUGUGAAUGCCCGUUAUGGGGGCCAGACAGAGGCAGUCAAGCGUCUAUUAGCACAGCUGCCCAUCAGCUCACAGUCAUACAGCAACAGUCCCUACCUAGACUUGGCACUUUUCAGUUACGAUGACAAGUGGGUGUCAGUGCUGGAGAGGCCCAAGGCCUGUGGAGACUAUCCCAUCCGUUUCUACGCACGUGACUCUGGCCUCCUGAAGUUCAAGAUCUACGCAGGCUUGCAAGGGCGCAACGCACCACCGGCAGCACGACGGCUUGUCGCCUUCACCUUCCACCCAUACGACCCAUUUGCCAUCAGUGUACAACGAACCAAUGCUGAGUACGUAGUCAAUUUCCACAUCCACAAUUCUGACACACCUUUUACAUCUUGAGGAAUGUUGGCAGUUAGCCGCCGAGAAUGAUUGAUCGUGGCGCAAAAGUCUGUCAAAGACAAAAUUUCUGGACCAAUUUCUGGAUUGUUGGAAUUUAGAUGUGUCCAUGAUUUAGGUUUCUGUUGCAGCGCCUGUGCUCUCCAAACUCUUGUUUAUGUUGUACAAUACUAUAUGCAAUUCCAUUGUGUUCAUUGAUGUGUGCGAAAUCGGUUUGCGAGUACAGUCUGUCUUCUGUGCAUCUAGCCAUAUAGUCUGUGAUAUGGAUUUGUGGAAGUGAACAGAAAACAUGUCUUAGAGGAAAUUUUUGUCAUAAUGCAAGAUGUUACCUAAAGGUGGUUAUAUUCCUCAUGUGAUCCAACUUUUUGAGAAGGCAGCAUUGUUUAGCAGUGUAGAAGUGCAAGAGAUUUAUUUUGCAGUUACCAUAACAUUUAACAGAAACACAUUUGUCACGACUCCAUAGAGAAAAAAAAACACAUUACGCUGAGUGCUGUUCACUUGGGUACUGUCAGCAUAAAUUAAAAUGCAAACAAGUAAAAAAAUGACUCGAGUGUAUAUUGUUUCCCAGUUUGCCUGGGCAGACCUAAAAUAUUCGCGGUAAUCAUUGAUUAACUGCUAAGUUAUGUAAUAUUUUUAGGGAGCAUGUUGCAGUGCGGAAUUGAAGCUGAUCAGGGCUCGAGGCUUACAUACUUGGAGGGCCUCCGUUGGGGUAAAAUGCAUUGGAAUGGCAAUGACUUUUUUCCCCCAGAAAGUUUUUGUUAUGUACUGUUAUACAGAUCUGUUUGCAAGAGUACAUUUUGUGGCAGAUUUUCGGGACAUGAUAUCUUGAAACCAGUGGUAGUCUCAGGAUUCCUACUAACUGGACAUUCAGCAUUGACUAGCUUUAUUUGCACCAUUGCAACAUGUGCCCUAACGUAAGAAAUUGUGCCAGGAGGUAGAAAAAGUAUAACUUGCACAUUUUACUUGAUCAAAGAGAUGAUCAUAAUUAGCGCAAAUCUCUGCUGUACUCCUGCACACACAAUUUGUCGUCUUAAAGAUUACCUCUUUAUCUCUACAGAUUUGUUUUUAAGAUCUAAAGUCUUAUGAAUUGUCCGGUGUAACAUAAAUAACUAAUGCUUUAAUAAAAGGUACGCAAAGAAAGCUGCAGCAGCUACUCAGCAAUGUUGCAAUUUGGCACACAUGUGAGGUCUGUUUGAUUCGCCCUGCACCGUGUGAACUAGUCAUUUCAGUUUAUAGUCAGUUCUGUGGUCGUGCAAAACCGGCUUGGCACCUCCUGCAUUAAGCCCUGCACUACAUGUCCCACGAGUCCAGGGAAUGCUGCGAACUUGUUCUGCAUGAAGCCCACACUAGCUGUAGCUGGAAGUGCAGACAAACUGAAAGGACCUCUAGUGGUUGCCUGCAUUUGGAGUUUUUCCUCUUUCCACAUUGGCCGAUUACAGCUGUUCUGGAAGUUUCAUGUUCAAGCUUGACAGUCUUAAACCGUUGAAUGGUUACUCCCAAGGAUUAAUCGUGCCUGAAUUUGUCUCUAUAUAUUGUCGCAUUGUAGCGACAAUGAAGAACACAGUAGCAAAACUAUGAAUCACGAAACUAACUUUUUAUUGGGAGUACCUGUGCCCAGAAAAACAAGUGGCCUCAAAGCACACUGAUAGCGCCUAGCGCAGUUGGCGAUUGAUGAAAUCUGAUCAGCAGCUCAAGCACAUCAACUUUUUUACAUGACUCGUCAAACGUUCUUGCAUAAUCGCAGGUGCCCGCAUGCCUUCCAAAAACUACUACACAAUUCAUGUCGUGCAUAAAAAUCUGAUUACACAAAGUUCAGCAAGAACAUGCACAACAGAUAGAAUCAAUAAUAACAUUCAAGAAAGUUGCAAAUCAAGCAGGUGCUUCUUGCACUGAGUGAUAAAUUUCAAGUUGUGAGCAGGAGAAAUGCAGUUCCCAGAAAGAGGAUAAUUAAGUACACAUGGCAAUACCCCCUUCUUAAAAAUCAUCCCGAUGCAACAAACACGAGAACAAAAACUAAAACACAUGUAUAAAGAAAAAUAACAAACAGAAAGAAACAAUGUCCCAGAGUUAGUUAUCGCUCGUCGAAAGGCUUGUCAAUAUUGAGACUGGGCAGACAUGUACAAUGAUGUUUUUCACUAUGAAUUGAGAUUUCUAGGCUGCUUGCAAAUGUUGCUGCAUCUUUUCUCUAGUCACAGGAUUCCAUGCAUGAUCAUACAAGCCCUAAAUGUGUAACCAUACAUUGUUUGCUCUUGGGCUCUGUCCAUGGAUUUGUAUGAAGCCUAUAACGUCUGUUUGCAGUGUUCUGGAUUGUGUGUACAGUACUUACAUAAAGUGCACUGUCGUCCAUUCACUGUUGAAGAGAAGCCAAAUUUGGAACCUUGCUGUGGAUGUUAUUGGCAUUUGUAGCCAGUGGCACUUGCAAAACGUAGUACACUGUAAAUCGUGGCAUGUACAGUGAUAGUAAUGCAUUGAAAUGUUCAAUAGAUUUGAAAGCCUUUGUGGGAUGCAACAAAGGGCAUGUCUCCGUGCUGCAAUUAUUGUAAUGUUUACUUUGCAUUUGACGCAUGUAAAGUAAUCGGGGGCUUUGUAUUGCUUUCCAGUGUGUUUGUUUUCUGUAACAUUCUGCAAAACACCCUAGUGAGAAAAUGGGGUUUAUGGUAUCGUAGCAGCUAAGUUCACUUUGUUGUGUUGGCCUCUGAAUGAAAGCCUCUUGGAUCAUGCUACAUAGCUAGUUCUUCUGUACAUUUUUAUUUGAGUGCACUGUGUUCUUGUGUCACAAAUUUCUGAUUGACCCUGACCCCGUUGUCACACUGAAAUCUUACCCCAUAUUGCCCUUUGGGGCUGCUUUCUUGUGUACGACAUUUUUCUUUUGCAAUCCAUAAUUACGGUCACUAUUGCAGAAAAUGUGUACAUGAAUCAUGUAUGAAUGGCUGGUGGACUUAUGAUUGUUUUGUGAGCAGAUGUACUCAAAUUAUGUUGCAUGCGUGGAUCUUUUUUAAAAACUGUAAUGAUGCCACA